AUGUUCGACAUUGCCAAAGCAGCCUCAGACCGCGCCGAAAACGCCUCGCAGGGCCCAGUUUACCCGGACUCAUCUUUCUGGAAUACACCCAGAAGGUGGACGUUUGGCAAAACUCAAGAUGAGGGCACAAGUUCGAGGUGGACAUUCGAUGAGUCCAAGGAUCCACAUUCUGAGCAUCACACAUACAGCUCACGGCUGCCAACAUCUGCUACAGCGUCUGACAUUGUAAAACACAGCCUCGUUCUGCUUGGGUUCUCCCUACCGGUCGUGGUAUUCGGGCUGGUCCUCAGUAUACCCCAGAGGCGCAACGUCAGGACCGAUUACUGGGCCAAUGCUUUCAGUCACUGCAACUACGAUGGCGACUUUACGCUCCACGACAGACCAACUUUGAGCUUGUGGAACAUGUCAGGUCUCCUCAUCAUAAACGUCGCUUGGGGUACCAUGUCCUUUUCAGCCGCCAAAUGCAUCGAUGUCGUUUGGGAUAUCAUGAUCGGACGAGCAGGCCAAGCUAUUCUUGCAUGGGCUACCUUCAAAGUCUCAUCACAGUAUCUGGACCAUGCCAUGAGAGAAGCACCGGUCUCCUACGACACAUUCGAAGCUUUAGCUUUCGUCCCGCCCAGCUUGGUCAACACGGCGAAACUAGCUGGAGAUCUUUUGCUCUGUCGUGGCUGGCGGUCCAGGUUGGGUAUACUGUGGAUUCUCUGCAGCUCCCUGUUUGUUAUCAGCUUUUCGUCACUCGCCUCUGCAAUGUCAGGAUACAACACCAACAGUGAAGCGGUCGUGGCUGGUAGUGGUGGCCGUGUGAUAAACUAUGCAGAUUACCAAGUGGUUCAAUUCGCUAUCCAUGAUGCGUGGCGGAUUGGUGAGCCUGCGCCAGUAUUCAUCACCGUUGGCGAUGCAUGCGUCCGACAAGGCUUUAGUGACGCCGACGACGACGAUACUGGUAGCAAUCAGGCUACCACUACUUACAGUCGACGCGGCCAAGACAGCCAAUCCGGAACCGACGAGGAUCCAUUCGAAUACGUUCCUUCCAACUGUUCCAUGUUCUGGCGCACAGUUCAGUAUAUUGGCCUGUACGGCGCUGACGGAACUUUGAAUUCGUCCAGUACGUUCAUUUCGAAUGGAACGAAAUACAAUCUAAAUUCGCCAACAUUGAACAUCACUACCUCAUAUACGGCUGCUUCUCUCGAGAAACUUACGAACUACCUACACAAUUUUCGUUCCACGUCCCCAGGAAGUCUGAAGUCUGUCGGCGAGCUGUCCAGGUCCACACUUUGGAUCUUUGAAAACGAAACUUAUUCUUAUGAUUACAUUCUCGGCCAUGGCACUUGUCAGUACAAACAUUCACACAAUUGGGGUGUUUCCUUCUUGUUACUAUUCCUCACCACUUUACUCUUGGUGGUAUGGGCUCUCGGGACGUAUGGAAUGUGGCUGUACGUUCAAAGGCACCCCCGAGGUGAUAACAUCAGAUCAGUGGACGCGUGGCGCAAUUCAGAGGGCAGGGGAAUAUACCGCUCCAGCUGGGACUUGGUUGAAGCCAUAAAAAAGGAUCUGGGUUCUGAAGCCAUCACGCCAGACAUGAGCGAGAAAGACAUUCGACAUCUGUUGAGGAGGCGGAAAGGCUCCUUAACCAGCCAAUUUCAGGGCAUUGGUGGAACAGACACGCUCUGUCAACAAUCGGCGGCAGUACAAGAUUUUGGCAUGGCAGUACGGCUUCGCACGCGAUGGAAGAGGUUCAACCAGUGGAUGGAUACGUUAUUUAACAAGGAUGACCCGGCAGUGUCUUUGGCAUCACACCAGCCUGUCCUCGAGCGAGCUGACUGGCCAUCGGGGACCAUAUCGACCAUGGCGUCGUCGAGACCCUCAUCGAUGCUCGAUUUCAGCAACCAAAUCCCAGAGACAGGAUGA